GCCCAACGAGAAUGACCCUUUCGCGGAAAGUCAAGAGUCGGACGCCCACUCUCUCUCUCUCUCACCGAUUGGAGUAGGGCAUAAGUGGACGGAGGCUCUCGCUAUCAUAAACGCCGGCGCUCCGACGAAGUACAUCGGGAGAAGAGGUCCAAACAAACUUGCAUCACUACUGCAUCCCUCUUUGAUUUCCUGCCAUGGAGAUGACCAUUGUGGAGGCGGAUGCAUCUCCGCCGGAUUCCUACGCCGCCCUUGUUCUUGGUGGCACCUUCGAUCGCUUACACGAGGGCCAUUGCCUCUUCCUCCAGGCAGCCGCUAAAUUGGCCAGGGAGCGAGUUGUUGUUGGCGUUUGUGACGGUCCAAUGCUGGCUAGGAAACAGGCACUAUCAUUAUUUUCACUCUCUAUCCCUUCUUCCCCUUUAUUAUCUUAAACCCUAAUUGAAAAGCUUCUUUUAUAAAAUAAUGGGGGNAAAGUAGGUUUUGAAAAGUACUCUAAGACGGUGUCUGUGGUGGAAUUAAACUGGAAUCAGUUUUCAUUGUUCGGAAAAUGUCUCCAGAGUUGAAUUUCAUAAUAUCUGUUUUCGAACUUAAAAAUUCUCAAUAGAGAACGCCCGCAAUGUGUAAUUCUAACUUUUAAGCUGGAUAUGCCGAAGUGCCAAACUGAGUCAAAGAUUGUUGUUGCGUCAUUUUCAGUGUUUCCUGGAUUCUAUAAGGCAUUUUACUCACUCUAUCCUAUUAAGUUUUGAAUAAAGGAAUGCCUCACACAAAGUGAAAAAAAUUGUGUUGUUUAUAUUGAAUUUCUAAAGAAUGAUUUUGAGCCACAGAUAUAGCUAGAUUGAUUUAGGGCAUGUUUGGAAAUAACGUCAGAGGUUAGCGUUAGCGUUUUGAAAAGGCUAUCUACGGGUAGCGUUUAGCGUUUUCAAAGUUAAUCUGCACCGUUAAAAUUUUAUCCAAAACGCUGACUCUAAUUGAAAACGUUAUUCUCAAAUGGGCCAUUAACCAGAUAUGGAAUGAGAAACAUUUAAUGACAUGCCGAAAAUAGAAAAAUAAGACAAACUUGUCAGGUUGUGGAGCCUGAUGUAAUAUUUGAUGUCCUAAUUUUUAGGUUGUACUUUUACUAUUCUCCAUAUAGCUAUUUUAUAGCAUGUAUUCUUUGUAACUGUUUGGAAUCAUCAAUAUAUAGCCCUAUACUGCUGUUGAGUUUUCCCACCGGGCAUUACCACAAAAAUCUUGUAAGCGCUUAUGCAUUUU